CGAAAGCUCAUCUGUUGGAAGGGUGUAUGCUCAAGUCAGCCUCCAAAACGGUAGGUGUGUAAUUUACGUUAUCGUUUUAUCACCGUAAUCAACUCGCUUCAAAAUAGCGCGGAAAUGCUCGUGUAAGGUAGUUUACUUUGUCAAACAUUGCAUGUAGUAUAAUACGCUUACAUCAGGCUGGGAAACUUUUACCAUUUUGUGAAAGUAUUUUGCGCGUAGUUAAUAAUGAUAUUCGCGCGACAAUGACAAGUAAAUAUAAAUUGAUAUAGGUAUGCGGUAUGCAACUGGACGUAACCUUUUGAAGUACCUUUGCUGAAGGGCAUAGAAUUUUUUUGCUUUCUGGUGUUACCAAGUUUCUUGUAGGUAGUUUUGGACACGUAUUUCGUACAAAUUUAACCUAAGGAAAAUUGAACAUAUUUGGUUUACAUAGGGGUAAUUAUUUGAAACGAUUUUUCUACAGUGUAUUUGAAAAUUCGUUGUUGAAAUUCAAAUUCAUUUUGUAACAUGCGGUUUCGGCGAUUUGUUCUCGCUUGUUUAAAACGUGUGUUUAUAUUUUCGUAAUCAGACAGAGUUGGGAAGCGGUGGUUAGUUUUGUAGGUGAACCGCAUUCUUCUCAAAACGAAUUUUGCUUGCUUAAAUUGCUAGUUCUAGGCUAGCCGAUUGAAAACUUAUAGUAAUACAAUGCUUAUUUUUUUUUCUGUAUUAUUUACAAUAUUUUUGGCUCCAGUAAACACGCUAAUUAAAAUCGAUACUGUCGUAGGUCAAGCAUGGUAAUUUUUCUGGAUGUAUCGAUUGCCUGUUACCAAUUUGUGUUUUUACCCUUGGGAUGUACUGUGUGAAAACCAGGUCUGUGUAUAGUGCGUGAUGUCGAAAUAUCUCAAUGUUUACAAGGCUAUUGUAUGGAUUGAGGGUUUGGAAGUUUGGCUGCAAAUUUCGCUGCAUGUGGUUUUCGGUUAAUGACUUCCGCGCGAGAAGGUAAACCGUUUCUAGGCUGAAAAAGAAUUGAAUCCAUGCGUCUUUUAACCCAAUCGCUUGAUCACUCAAUGACACAGUCCGUUUCCUGUUUUGUCCCCGCUUACAGCCGCAUGGGGUCUGAAAUCGAGCUAGUGUGGACUUCUCUGGGUUCAUAAAACAAGGCAGAGGUUAUGAAAGGCAACAGAACCUGUUGUGUUAGCUCCUUGCUGAUUAAUUACCCGCGUAGGAUGGUGGAAAAGCAAACUUCGCAAGCACACACACGCAAAAGCGCGCCCUCCAUUUCCUAAUUGCCAUCGCUUUGGAAUUCCUCUGCGCGUUGAGAUAUUUUUCCUUUUCCUGUUGGAUAUGUCAAUGUGAACUUAGAUGGGCAUCCCAGAGGCGGGAUGUAAAUAAAAAGCUCUAGUGCUUUAAAGACAGACACGUUCCAGAACUCGAAUAGAUCGAAUAUUGUAACGAUUCUAUCAUACACGUUUUAGGUUGUACAAACUACAUUGUAUGCUCGAGUAAGACAAUGAGAAAUCUCGUUCUUUUCACAUUAUGCUUCUGGUGGAGUUACGCAAGACAGUCAGGUUGGUGGGAUUUAGUUUUUCUAACUAUUUGAUUUCGUCUCUUUCUUGGCUUUAAAAUGAAAAAGGAGUAAUAAGCUUCGUUAUGAUAUCGCGAUUUGAUACUCUUUAUAUUACCCUUAAUAUAAUACCAGAAAGGGAACAUUAUCCCCGGUCAACUGACAGAGUUAAAACGUCUUGUGUUGUUAUUUGAAGGACUCAGGAACGCGUAUGCGGAGGUUGGUUCCUAGUCACGUUCAUGCUAGAGAACCUCACGCCUAGGCAUCUGUUGUGAACACCGAUGAAAAGAAAAGUUUGAUAUCGGGGUGUAGAUUUACAGUGAACGGUGUCUUAUUAGUCAGUUAGUGCAGGAUGCCGAGUUUAGAGGCUCGAUAUUAUUUUUCACCAAGGAAGGUAUAGUCAUCACAUAGGUAUUGCAUCACUCAAAUCAUAAGAGAAAACAGGGAAUCGUAUCCGCCUUUCAAACAAAUCUCAUACCUUUAUUCCUGGCGAGCACAACGACAUAAUUGGUUUUGUACAUUACAACUAACCAACAUUUUGUACAAUGUAAGCACACAUUGCACAUUGGAAUCAUUAAAAUAUUGGUGGAAAUAGAAUGUAUUUUCACAUCAAAUAUGAAUAAUACACGAAAUGAUCCAUAACGGUAGAUUACUAUACUAUAAUUGCUCAAAACAUUUUCUAACCUAAUUAGCAUAUUUUCCGUACAGAUUUCUACAAGUAUUAAUAAACAAAGAUAAAACAAAUACCGUGAAUGAAUGCAAAUAUACUGGCAUACUGCAAAGAUGUUAAGUUUCAUGUAAAACAACAAGUAAAUAUUUUCGAGUGUAAGAUUAAAUUUGUUACAAUAAUUUUCGCAUCAUGUCUGAUACACCAUCUAGUUUACAUUUAUAACAAUGAACGUAAUGACGCCUUGCACUUUACAUAAAAUAUUCGCUAAAUUCAGACCGUACUAUUAAGACAUUCACGUCUCAAAUUUCUAAGUACACGAAUUUAUUUAUUACAAGCUGCCUAAAACCACUGAGGACGGGAGAGACAAGUUGCCAAAUUGAUAAGGAUUUAUGUUAAGCUAAUAAGUAGCCACGCUUAUAACACUCGUCUUUAAAGAACCUUGACGUAAAUUAAAAAUCCCAUGAUAAAUAUAUUAACUACUAUUGACGUGUUCGAGCGGUCAUUAUUUAAGCAUUAGCCUUAAGCAUUUAUAUGUCAAAGGCAGAGUUCAUUCAGAAUUUCGAAACAUUGUUUUACGGCUUAGUUUUUGAGAAUGACCGAUAAUUAUAAUGAUUAAUGGUAUAUGUCUGCAUGUGUUUGUAUUUUUGCUUCGGGGGCGCAAACAAAAGUUGUUUUAUCCGUAAGUGCGAGAAUACACUUGGAUUACGUGACCUCUAGCAAUGGGCGCUUUCCAUUUAAUGGUUGAUCGGUCAGACCCAAAUUCUUUUCUCUGUAUCAAUGCAAUGAUCUGGUCUAUGUUUCUCAAAUACCUAGCGAAAAUGAACCUCAUUCUAAUUGUAUCUAAAUUUUUCGGUCAGAUAAGCCGAAGCCCAAACGUUCUGUGUUUCAUUCAACAAUUUGACCGUUCUGACCGGUCUGGCCGUGUUAAUGGAAAACGUCCUAUGUAGCCUAUGUACGGACUCGGAUGUAUGAAAAAAGAUAUGCAGAACGUGUACCUCAGUACCUGAAAUAUUAUACUUUCCGAUAUGGAAAUACACUGUAGACCUAUUGGAAACUUGCUAGCUAUAACGACAUCUUAAUUAAAUAGGCGAUGGUGGAAUUGAAUUACAUGGACCGUAAUGUUUUAACUUCAUUGUAUUAUAACUGUAUUUCUGAAUUAAAUUCUUCCGUACAUUAUAACUGAAUUGAAUAGCAAACAGGAUUACUGGUUUAAUAUAGUCCAUGAUUCAUAAGUCGCCAGCCUAAUUCAAUAUAUUUUUCUCACCCUUUUCAAAUGCAAUCGAUAAUUUGUAAUUAAUUAGCUCUCUGACGGGUAGAACCAGUCACAGAGUUAGGUGUUUACGAAAAAUAUGGUGAAGAUUUUAUUAAUUUUUUAAGAGAAGCAAAAAAUUUACUCAGAGUUCAUAUGGGUCUCACGUUGGAUUGAUCAUGACACUGUAAACUGAAAUGCAUGUUAACAGAGAACUGGUACUAUACCAGUCGAAUAGUAUUUGUACCACUCAACUCGAAAUUGGAAUAUCUGAAUGAGCUAAUUCGCGAGUAAAUACCAAUUGAUCAUAUAACAUUUUAAUCCUAUUUAAAUGAACAUUAAAUCCACUUAACGCAAAGGGGUACCUUGUAUUGAAGAGUGUUCGAAAAAAAUUUUAGGAAUUUUUUAAAGAUUUCCAAUGGAUAUUUGCAGUAAAUAAUUUCAAAUCGUGUCACAUUAUAUAUUGUCUUAUUCCUUAUUGAAACAAGGAGCUGAUAAAAUUGAAUUCAUAUAGCUGCAUAUGCGAUAGGUCAUGUCAUGAACAGGUAUGUCAAGAAUAGCUAGUGUGGAUUUUGCAUAUACAAGCACGUGGCUGUAACCAUAUGCUGUAACUGACAAAGGAACAUUCUAGUCAGCAGGCGUGCUAACGUGUUCUUCUAUAUCCUACGCAGGCUAUAAUAUACCUGUAAAAUGUGAGAUAUGCGGGUAAUUGAUGAAUGUGCGCGAGGUAUCAGGGGAAGACUGGUAUACACAACCGUAAUUGUGCUUUAAUCAUAUUUCAUUUCCAGAAAAGAAUGUUCGAUAUCAUAUAGUUAUUCUUUGUGCAAGUGUCAGGUGGCUCCGCGUGAUUUCACCAAUUACCCGAAUGCCUUAUAUUCUCCAGGUAUUCGGCCUGCGAAAACCGUAAAUAAUCUAAAACCAUAAAUAACCUAAAACCGUAAAUAACCUAAUACUAUAAACACUUCUUUGCGUAGAAAAGAGGGGAUGUUCUAAAUCAGAUUUACAAAAGUUUGGGCUUAUAAAUCAUUGGAUUAAUCAAAGUUUGUCCGCUUUAAUUCGAAAAUCCUGGUAAAAACUCAACAAAGAAUUAUCGGUUAUAUGUUAGCAGAGAGGGUCUGAGGCUAAGCCUCUUAAAACACUUAGUGGGAACAGUUUUUUUUCAGUGAUGACGGUAUUCUCCAAUAUUCCCUACAAUUCAAAUUGUUGCUAUUGUGGAUUGCCUUCAUCAUUCCCAAAAUACAUCAUUACAUAUAUAAAUACAUCAUUACAGCUUUGUAGUUACUGGUGCGAAAUUAAUUUACACCCAGAAAUUUGUGUCAUAAUUCCCCUGACAAAUAUUUUUCUGUCUGCGUUUUUUACGUAAAAGGAAAAUAAUUAGGCGAAGGAAGUGCCAUCCUGUUGGUAACAAGGUGGAAGCACCAACACCAUUUAACACUAACGAUAAAUGUGAUAAAAAUCAUCAGCACGCACAAGAAGCGACAUUUAUAUUAUAUCGUUUCAGGUAUCAGCAUUUAAUCUAUUUACUCGCAAAUUAAGAUUAAUGUGAACAUAGUUUUGCCAUCUGAAAGCCCUCAACUUUCGUCGUUUGUUUAAAAGAACUUGUCAGCCAAGAAAUGUGUACUUUGCGCGGUGUUGAAAGAUCGUUUUAAAAAUUGCUUAGGCAUUCUCACACUUUUAAAAUUAGAAAACCUUUUUGACCCCUUUUUACAGCUUACUUCCAUGCAGUAAUAUGAAAAUAAUCCAAUAUCAGAACCAAGAAUGCACAAUUCAAAAUCCUUUUGUUUCAAUAAUGUGAUGCAUGAGCGUGAUUCUGCUGGGGUUUUUUUAAGGUAGCGCAGAAUAUUCCAGUAUACUUGUAAGUUAAGAGCUGGUUGAGUGAGAAUCGAACUAAUUUGAUAUUAUCCAAUUCUUCCAUUAUGACUGUUGAGUGUUGCUAGAUUCGUGUUUGUGUCACAAUCACACGUGCUGACAUUUCGUUAAAAGGUUUAAGACAUUCGCCAGGGUCACAUGGUAUAUUUACAUUAAACAAGCAUGACAAAUGGUUUCGAUAUAUUUUCCAUUGUCUGCUUAUAUUCGACACUCGUUUGUAAAAACAAAACAAUUCAAGAGCAUGCAAACUGUCUGCCAGGUCAAAUUGUUGCAAUACUGGAUAACAUCUUCAUGCAUCGCGCACGAGAGUAUUUCACUUUGAUCUCGAACCCUGUGCGCGAGACAUGACAAUUUAUCCACUGAUCUCGAACUAGAACUGGAUUGUGUAUCUGCUAUGCACAAAUGGCUGCGGCAUAUUUGUGUGACCACCACAAAUCCACUUUGGUAUCGCUGACAUGUUAGAACUGAGGUUCUAAUAGUUUCUGCUUAUUGUUGGGAAAGGACAAGUAUUGUCUAGAGAGAAAUUUUUCAUCAGUGGCGUCUUAAAAUUGCUGCUGAAUAACUAAUGAGGUCCGAAAACCAACAUGGCCUCCACGACUCUCAUUAAUUAACUAGUGUUUAAAACGUUCUAAAACUUAUUAGAAGAGGCGUGGGAAGCUAUAUCUUCGAGGUUACGUAGAAGACGACGUUUGCUUGGUACUAUAACUAAUUUAAACACGUAACGAGUUCCUCAUAAGAAAUAUUCUGGCUUCAAAAUCAAUUCCCUGAAUUCAAAAUGUUGCUCUAUCCACAGUUAAUAGAAGUAUGCUCUAUCCUAGUGCAUUGAACGAAACCUGGUUGCUCUUAGAUUGUGAUUUAUGAUGGGUUUUCGAAUUUCGCUAAUUUCAAUUGUGAAGAUUGAGGGCAUGAAUGGAUUGUUCGCAAAUUCUCUUAAACAAAGUACCGCGGUCAUAAUAAAAUGCUGGACUAUUGACAUCUUUCAAUAAGAGGUUUUAUUUCAAAAGGUCCUUGAAUUAAGUGAUUCUUCUUUUUAUGAAGUUUUUAAUAGAACUAGUGAAAAUAACAAACGGUACCCUUGUAUGUAGAACGUAAUUUUGCAGACAUUUUCACAGAUUUUAAACGUUUUUUUUUGCCAUUCCAGUUUGGAUGAGGCUGCGUAGGUGGGUGAAAAGCACUAUAUCUCAUAAUCCCUUGGUAAAGAAUAGUCAGUCUUCUAUUGGUGAUUAGCAUUUAAUAGUUUGCUUGCUCCACCUGACCACCUUAACCACCGUCUGCUUCACAAUGCUUACUGAAAUCCACCAUCAUCUCAAGUGGAAGCACUGCUUCGUGUGCCUUCUUCAUUGCGGCAAAACGCACCGGCUCCUUUUCCUCAGAUAGUUUACAUUAGCCCAGCAAAAACAGGAAGAUGGUUAAUUAUAGAAGCUCCCGUGUUUUGAUUGCUCCGUCGACUCACGGAUGAAAUAUCUUUUUCAAAACUCAUUAAUUCCAGAAUGGGAAACAAAAGGAAACAAACACCGUAUAUUAAAUUGUCCUAUGCCAGACGACAAUUCAAUUUAAAAAGCAUAAAAGCAAAUGUGAAGCGAAUGAGUAAACAUCCAUUUCCUGACGAACAAUCUGCAGGGCUUAAACAGUUUAUUUAGAUGCACAUUAUAUUGAUUUUAUUUUUGGCUGUGUCUAAUUGAGUUUUUCGAGCGAAUUAUUCGUUUCAUGACAGGGUCUUUGUUUGUAGGUUUGGGGGGUAUGAACCCAUUUCUGAUUUCCCCAGCCACAAUUUUGCCUAGUUUUCUAUCGCGUUGUUUUGCAAAAUCUAGCACGUCGAAUACAUUUUCCCAGUGGAAAGACAGGCAAAUCGCAGCCGCAAGACAUAUCUAACUCCUUCGGGACGCUCCUUAUAACAGCAUAACGAUAAAUAAAACUAACUCUUGCUUUUUCGGAAAUCACGCCACGGUCAGCGCCAAGUGGUGUCAUCAAAGAGUGAAAAAAAUAUAGACAAACGAGCGUCGAAAGUACGAGAAAUGAAACAUUGAAAUGCCAUUUCCUGCAUUUUUGGUUGAGAUAGUCUUACAAAAUUCUGACCGCCGCGCAUGAUUUUUCGCAAAUUAUUUGUCUGGCCGCGUAUUUCAGAAACUCAACGGCUUCAUUUAACUUGUACUAUACAAAAACUUGGUUUGUACCCUAGAAUUUGUCUUAUGUGAUGGUGGACGUUUAUUUAUUCAAAGCUUUUGAUCCGCAAACCCGGGCCGCCAGUGCAAAUCAUAUAACUAAGUUAAAAUUUCAUUUCAAUUCAAAUAUCACGCCACUAUUAGCAUGAAAGGACGUGUGAAUGGAAAUCUUGUUUUACACAAUUUACAGUGAUUAAGUUCCGCGGUUAAAGAACAAAAGGAUUGUGAAAUAAAUGAUUGUGUUGCUUUCCACAAAUCAAUUAGUUUUUCCUGAGCGGUCUAUAUUCAGUAAUUUCAUUGCAUUGGAAACGAAAAUUAGGCAGCUCUAAAUAUAGAUUUAUUACCUUAAAUUUGUAAAAAUACUUUUCAUUUGCUGGAACAUUAUAUUGUGUUCAAAAUACUAUCCAAGAAACUUAAAAAAGCACAAAUUUGCGAAAAGUAAACACAGUGAGCCGGCGAGUUGACUUGUCGACAGUAUUUAUAAAAUCUCUAGCCAUGUCAUUAACCUUGGGUAUACCAAAAUAUUAACCAUAAUCAAAUAAUAAAUAACCACGAUUGUGGUGUCGGGUGAAGCUAUUUUAGAUGAUGCUAUUGUAAGUUGCUCCACAGCGGGUAAACUUAAAAACUGCUUGGCCGCAGCAGGAAUGGAAGAAGCCGCGACCUUUGGUUUUCUAGUCUAAUACUCUGCCAACCGACUUGACCUCGUAGCUCAGUUGGUAGAAGAUUGAACUAACAAACCAAAGGUCGCAGGUUCCGUUCGACUCUCGCCGCUGUCAAGCCUGGCUUUUUCAGCUUGCCUGGUGAGGAGCCACUCAGAGUGUAUUUUCCCAUCUAAAAAACUCCUCCAACAUUAGUUAAUUGAGUGAGUGAUACCCAAAAAUAUACCCUUAUAAUAUUUACACAUGUACCUUAGUAUAUAUAUAUACAUGAACUUGUGGUUAGAGCUCGACAACUGGACUCUGUAGCUCAGUUGGUUACAGCACUGCACAGGAAUCGCAGGGCGGCAGGUUCGAUUCCUACCAGAUGGCAUAUAUAGUUGCAUUUUUCGUAACUGUUCUUGGUUAGGUCGAAAUAAAUGUAUAAAAAUCUCGAAAUUUCCAUCUACAAAAUCUUUCAGCAUAAUCGAGUGAGAUGGUUCCCAAAAAAUUGAAAUACCUUUUCGGCUAUAGCCUUGUCGUUUACUUUCGGUUUUUAACACAACGCUCAAGCAAUGAACAAAUUAACGAGGUUAACUAGAUUAGUGGAAAAGAGUUGUGGUGAAAACCAUAAUUUGGCUGGAAAUGUAGAAAUCAUUUUGAUUUCCUACGUUAGUUCAAGGUCAAGUGUUGCAAAAGCUGAAUUUGGUCGUGGUAAACAUGUAAACAUUUCCGGAACGUAGAUUGCUUUAAUAGUUUUGCUGAAAAUGAAUGUAUAUGAGCCUAGAGGCAUACCACAGACUGAGAGAUGACUUAUUAUACACUUAUUACCAGGUUUAUUGCCUGCAAAUGAGCGAAUGUGUUGGGUGACGUGCACUUGUAAAUGAACAUGAGUGGGAGGAAAAGCUGCCAUUUGCCCAUUCCUAAAAUUGUGGAUGUAUUGGCACACAAUCGACGUGUCUGGCUGUCAUCCAACAUGAAAUUUCCUAAGACAUAAAAAGGAUUAUUUAGCUUGAGAUACACAAGAUUCGGUUAGCACGUUUCCUCUUUAACCGCUGAGUAAGGUCUGCUACUCUAGUUUGUGUGUAGGGCAUGGCUUCGUGUAUAUAACCUUGUGGUAUAUACCCUGUAGUUGGAAACUCAAUAUAGGUAGAAUUUGAUGGGUUCUCUCCUGUGCUUUGAGUGUUUUUCUCCGCAACUACUGAGCACGAGUAUUAUGAGUCUGUCACUCGGAUGAAUUGGGAACCACACCCUGUGUAUCGGCCGUUUGAAACAGUUACUUCCAAUCACUGACUGAAAGUGCUAUUGAUUAUCAAUUAUUAUAUCAGCCUGACAAAUUUGACAAACCUGACAGAAGGAGACGAACAAUUUUUAAUAUUUUUGUCCCACUACACAAGUUCGAAUAACUCGUUUAUGCGGCGUUUUUGCCAACGGUACUGAUCACACGAAAUUCUUUAUAAUUUUAUGUAGACUUUAUUUAGAUUUGAUACACAAUUUUCAUUUUUUUGGACUGCGCCCAACAGAAGCUUCUCAUAUACAAACAGGACAGCGUAUUUCUGACAAUAUUGACAAGCACGUAUAGUUUAUAUAUAAACGUUUUGUUAACAAUUUUGGUUAGCUUUGUUAAUGCUUAAAUAAGUUAUAUAUUUGGUUUCGUCUACUGCUGGAUUGUUCCGUUUUUGACAACAAGAGUAAAGAUUUCGAAAACGUGGCUACUGUUAAACGCCAUUAUAAGGCCCUCAAGAAAAGAACUGCUGUAAUUUUACACUAAAAAAAUUGUAAAAUUUUUUCAAGUAUUUUUUGACUGAGGCCAUGAUUUAUAGAUUGUCACGUGUUUCAUGCAUGCUUCGUUCAGCCAACGAAGAACAAAACAUGAAGAAAAUGCCUUUCAUCAACCAGUCAUUUAUCAGAAAUUUAUGACGUUGUUAAAUUUUUACUAAUUCAUGAAAAUUCGAAGCUUCUACUAUAAAUAGAGGAAAUUUAAUUUAUUAAUCGUGGGGGUCUUACUGUAGGUGAUCUACGAUAUAAAGCGACUGAACUGUGUGGGAAAAAUCGAAACUUGUAAUUGACUUUUCGUGCGAAUUGAAGGUCCUUCGUUUAGGAGGUCCAGGUACUAUAUAUAGGUUGCCCUAUAUUUAUACGAAGGGGAAAACUCGUCAACCAAAAUUUCAUGAACCAAAAAACACUCUCUACUUUGUAAUAUAUGUUCUUUGCCUAUUCUCGUUUGAAACACCUUGCAAAAAAAUUCCGGAAAACGCAUCGAAGGGGUCAUGCAUGUCGUAGCUACUAAGAAGAUUACGACAUGCGGUUGCACGAAACAUUCCUGAAGAGCAGUUUCAUUGUUUUUUAACACGAACAGAAUUGUGGAACAAAAUCUGAGAAAGUCAAUGUUCCGAGAAGCUUAGGGACUACCCAAAUGGAAUGCAGUGUUAUCUGAUUCCAUAGUCUCUAUUCUGAACUGUUCUGGAAUAUUUCGACCACCUGGGAAGAAUGUACAUCACUACAUUCUUCGAAAAUUGAAAAAUAAUUGAAGAUUGAAAAAAAUCACUAGAUUCCUGGCCGGUGUAGCAUUUUCUGGUUGAUUGAUUGCUUGAUAAAUAUUAUGUUUGCGAUGUUACUCUGAGUGUGCAUCCACACCGGGCAAGCUGAAAAGUUUGCCUGACCACGGUGGGAAUCGAACCCGCUGGGAAAACUGACAAUGUCUGAUUUUCUAUCAAACAAAAUAAGUUUAAGGAAUUGCUUUAGAGAUCCACGUAUAGCCAAAAAAAUAUCUAGGCUAGAUCACAGAUAGAAAACUACACGACUGAUAGGAUUAUUACAUGCAUCAGAAAGCACAAACUUUUCCGCUAAAAACAUGUUUCGGUACAUUAAGUUGUAUUGACAUUAUGUUCAGUACACAAGGCUACUGUGCAUGUGAAGAAUAUACGACUACCUGGAAAUAAGACGACUGGGUUUCUACACCUAUUCGAGAUAUAUUCAGCAUACAAUAUUUCUAUAUUAUGCAUACAUAUGUUAUUCCACAUGGGAUACCAGAUGAUACCAAUCAGUUCAAAAUAUUAGUCAGUAUUUUUAGAUUUCUACAUCUUUAACAUCUCUCUCCUUGCCUUCAAAUAUAAGGUUACCACGCACAAUGAAACAAGAAUUAAUAUCAUUUGUAACGCUGAUAACUAUCUGUUGACCAUCAUGUAGCAUUGUAGCUUGAACAUGGACGAUGAUAGGUAGUGGCAAGAUAUAGCUGUUGCAAAAUAGUGUCUGUGUUUAUAAUAAACCCCCUUAUAUUCAUAACUAAGCCGUUGCUCAUGAAAUUCCCAUCCCAAAGAUAGUUGAUUUACAGUGCUUGAUAAUUUUUUGAAAAAAUAUUUCGGGAAGCUUCUCAUAUAUAAAAAACACGAUAAUUCUUCACUGUGAAGAGAAACAUACAUUGUCAAUUACGUACUGACGUGUGCAUACAUAUGCAGCUCUCCGGUAAUUUUAAUUUACUGAUCUGAAGAAUAUUGCAUGUGUAGUGAAAGUCCGUACGGAAUGUAUCUUUCGACAUGACGUCAAUUUCAUAUUUAUUUGCGGAUAUGUUAGUAUGUUUCCCUGAGGGUGGUCGCACACACAUUGCAGAGCUGAAGACUGACGUUUACCCGCUAACCGCAAACAACGAACUUCAAAUCGCAUUUCAAAAUGAGUUCUAACAAGUUUUCGACGGCUAUAUAAAUACUUGUAAGUAGCUAAGUCAUACUUCAAUUUCACAAAUUGCACUAACGUCGAAGAGCCAACAGUAGAGCUCAAAAAACCUCUCACUGGCUGAGCUCUCAUCUGAUUGGUUAAUCGGGUUGAUUAAAUUAAACGCUUUCUCAGAAAGCUAUUCCGGCCCCUUCUUUCGACCCCGUCCAUUCCGUUUCGACUCCACAUUUUAACUGUAUAUAUGCAUUUCUAUACCUUUACUGAAAUAACUGUUCAUCAAUAAACUAGUCAGAUAUUUUGUCAAUAAAUUAUACACUUUUGUUCUUAGAAACUCCUUACAAAAGAAGAAUGCAGUUCAAGGAAUUGCCACCAAUAUUCUUAAAUGAACAAGUUGGCACAUCAGUUACACUGAACUGUCCUGUCAAGCCUUCAGUGGUCAGAAUGUACCGCUAUCUUCGACGUAUAAAGUCUGGCAAUGAAUUGCAACGGGCUAGACGACAAAUGCGCAAUGUACUUGGAGUUAGAUAUAAAUGGUAUAAAGAUGGAGAGCCCAUACGACAUCAUCGUUCAGCGUGGUUUAUGAAGUUGCAAGCAGUCCAUAUAGAGGACGCUGGAAAAUACACAUGUGAAGUUGCCAUGCCAAAACAUGGGACAAGUCGAAAUUUUGUACUCAAAGUUUUCAGUAAGUGCAUUUUACCACUGUGGGCAGAGUUGGGAUCUUAAUAAAACAUAAUACGCAAAACAUGCAGAAAAAUCCCAAAAUAUCACCGUCCACGAAAACAAAGAAAAAUAGGAUCCGGAAAACACAAGAACAUCGGUGGUUAUGACAUACUAUUACACAAACAAAAACAACAAAAGAACAAAAAAACCCAACUGCAACAACAUGGAUGACAAAAACAACAACAACAACAACAACAACAACAACAACAACAACAACAACAACAACAACAACAACAACAACAACAACAACAACAACAACAACAACAACAACAACAACAACAACAACAACAACAACAACAACAACAACAACAACAACAAUAACAACAACAAGCAACCAGAACGAGGCAGCAACAACAAAUAUUAUAAUCAGAACGAACACAAAAAAAGAAAACAGCAACAGAGAAGAAGAACGAGAACAAGUUGUUGAACAGGACGAAAAGGAAGAACGAUCGACAAUUGGUAAACAUCGAACGAUCACGUAUUUCAACCCAACAAUAACAAUGACAACAUUACCAACGACAACGCCAAUAGAAACAACAACAGAUACAAACAACAACAGACAUGCACAACCGUCAAAAGCGAAAACAAACCAUUAUGAUUGAAAGUGUGAUUGAAACCACCACAUUUUUUGUGACACCACGAACUGGAUGCUUUUAAAUUUGAUUGUUGAAAUUCUUAGUUUUUGAUGCUGUUAAUAACUUUUUUCUUUUAUAACUUUUCUCUAUUUAGAGCAAUUAAGAAGUGGUCGCCCUAUCCUAGACUCUAAAUCGAAGAACAUUUCCUUGAGAGUUGGAGAAAGUACGACAUUAAGAUGUAUAAGUAGAAACACACGGCACCGCCCACAAGUGAGUUGGUUAAAAUGGAACAAACCUAACGAGUUGAACCGAUUAGGAAAUCUUGAAUUCACUCAAAACGACAUGAAUUUACAUACACUAUCAAAGCAAGGGAAAGCGUACGAACUAAUUGAUCCAAAACGUAACGGCGAGGCUUCGUCCGUUCGGGCGAGAAUUCAAGGUGGGAAAAAAGUGAAGUCUUACGAGUUUCGACUGACCUUAGACAACGUUCAGGAAGAAGACUCAGGGGUUUAUGUGUGUCUUGUAAGGAAUAAAUAUGGGACUGAUUAUCGCAAGUCUUUUGUUCAAGUCAAAUCUAUGAAAGGUGAGCUUUUUGGAGGUCAAGAUACAGUAACUUUGGUGCACAAUAGUUUAUGUUAGGUUAGUAUUUAAUAGGUUAGUAUUAGGUUAGUAUUAGGUUAGUAUUAGGUUAGUAUUAGGCUAGUAUUAGGUUAGUAUUAGGUUAGUAUUAGAUUAGUAUUAGGUUAGUAUUACGUUAGUAUUACGUUAGUAUUACGUUACGAUUAGAGUUAAGAUUAGGAUAACAGUAGGGAUAACAGAACGCACGAUCGAAACGGGGGCCUGAGGAGAGGGGGGGGGGGGCUGGAGCACCCCAGUCAGUAUUUACUCGGGCAGAUUCUAGGACUGCCCACCUCUGUAUAGUGUAUUUCCAUGGGGAAUGAAAAAAUGUCGGGGAAACAAACUGUGGGCCAUGUUGACAACUUCUCUGCGACCACUUUGUAAAUAACAUGACUCUAUGUCAGAAAUUGUAUUCCAAUUUCCAAAUUCCCCAAUUUUAUCAGCGUAAAUAAUAUAGUACUGUGAUGAAGAUCCGGACUGUAUGGAUUAAAGUUUGUUUCGUGUUGAUUCCCAUGUUGUUUCCUGGUACAUCUCUUCCGGAAAGCGAUACUGCCAUUGACGACCUCUGUGCUUCCUACGAAUACUAAAUUAAUUAUUUUUAUUCACACAUUUUCAAAGGUUUAGCUCCUUAUCCGACCAAUGAAAAAUUGCGCCGGAGUUUCAUGGCCUUCCCGGCAUUCUCCACGGCAAGACUGAAGUGUUACGUCACGGGAGAUAAGCCGCUGACCUACCAAUGGUACAAGAACGGGAAGAAAUUUACCCAUAGAAGACUGAGCAGAAGAAUGAACUCUACUACGUCGACUCUACGGAUUCGGAAUCUGCUAACCUCGGACUCUGGACUCUACACGUGUAGGGUGUCAAACCCGUAUGGCGUGCAUGAACAUAAUAUCACAUUGAAAAUUCUCCGUAAGUGAAAUGCAACUACGAUAUACGUACUAUAUUGUAGUAUUGUAUCAUUAUAUAAUAAUGUAAUAACAGAACUGCCAGCAAGCAACUUUCUAUUACUGUUAAUUAUAUCGCAAAAUGUGUUGCAAAAAUAGGUUCUUAAGCGUACAUACCCAAACUGCUGAGAAUCGAAGCAGAGUUUGUCAGCCAUUCCAUUGUUAGCGGAAAAUAGUAACGUUUCUAUAAAGACGAAAUACGUUGAUAAUCAAUACGGAAUAAGAGAAAAGUCUUAACCAGUCCCCUAUGACGUCAUAAUUGUAAAACGGGAGAAACGCUGUUUUGCAAUAUAUUGCAUAUUAUUUUCUCGGUUUAUAUUCUCGGUCAAGUAAGCGGACUUCCAUUCUUUGGACCGGGACAAAAUGCGUACCCCCCCCCCGCCCUGUACCCCACCCUCUCGGGCGGCACUGCCCCUAGUUAUAGUAUCUAACAGCUUCCUCCUUACUCCUUAGAACGUAUACGUUCGGCACCUAUUCUUCUAAAGAACUAUGCCAAAAACGUCACAUCAUCGUGGGGCAAGACCGUUAUGUUUGAAUGCAUUGAGUUAAUCAGCAACCCAAUGCCUGACUACAGAUGGUACAGAUGGCAUUCUGUGCCUGCCACGUAUCCAAAAUUGGACUUUCGUAAUACUUCACAGUUUACAGAAAUCGACCCGAUUCACUACACUCCCAUGCAAGUGAAAGUUGGAAGCAAUAAUCGAUAUGGGGGAAAGCUGACGAUAAACAACAUCACUGAGGAUGAUGCUGGGCUGUAUUCGUGUGUUCUUCGGAAUCAAUUUGGAAUGGAUUACGCAAGUGCGUUCUUGCACUGGAAAUCCAAUGAAGGUAAGAAUAAAAUGGCUUUGCAAUAUGUAGCAUUCUGACUAUGUUUUCGUCUCUGUCGCUCUAUAUUUUCUCUGGAAAGUUUAUAAACGCGACGUUUCCUACAUACACAAAACAAUUAUAUAUUUAUCAUGAAUUAAUUAUAGUUUCAUCUUAAACAUUUCAGGUCCAAAAUUUCUCUCGACUGUACAUCGCCCUACAUUAAUCAAAAUUCCACAGACCGCACCAUUAAGACUGGACUGUGACGCCACAGGUGACCCAAAACCCAAUAUCAUUUGGUCCCGAAAUGGUCAACCACUUACAAAAACUCGAGGUAUGACUGUAUCUAAUUAUACACUGACGCUGAACGAGUUGUUGCCCCAACACAGCGGGAAUUACACUUGUCACGUGAAGAACAAAUGGGGAUCUAUCAAUCACACAUUUGACGUGGGAAUAAAAGGUAAGAAAUACUGAAUGUAUGCUGGUAAAGUUUUGUACAGUAAAUUACAUAUGGCUGUGAACUGGUGGCAACGAGCACAACCUCGUUCGCCUAUUAUGUCUAUUGGGGCAUUAAAAUAGAAUUGGAAACUUCACUUUAUAUCACGGGACUGUAGGUUUGAAGCAAAGAGUCGAAAGAGAAGAACUGUUUUAAUAUGUAAAGUAGUAAAUGACACUUUAUUUGAUGAUAUUUUACAUAUUUAUAUAUUAUGUUAGUUCGUAGUUUGUAAGUUAGUAUAGUUUUAACAGUUUUAUUAGUCAAUACAAUAAUUUUAUUUAAAGCCGUUAUAUAAUUGAAUAAAUAUUGUUAACAUUAUCAUAUAUGUCUAUUUCGUGUGCGCGUUAUUAAAUUAAAAAAGCUCUAAACAUACUUUUUAAGUUUGUUUGCCGUUAUACUCAUUAUAGUUUUUGAGCACAUAAAGUGAUCUUAUUUCCAACAAAUUAGGUAAACUAAGUUCAUUUGUACUGGGCAGCUCUAUAUCAGUUCGAUCUUAGACGUUCUUUCUAGAGGCCUAAUAAGGUAUAUGAUAUUGUUACUGCCAGAGAAAAAUGGAGCAACUGGAGAAAAUAAGAUGUGAUUUCUCUGUAUUGGUGUAAUUGUACUCAGGUGAAUAUGAUGCUUGUGAUGUUACUCUGAGUGCUAGAAUUCCAAAGGUCGUAGGUUCGAUUCCAACCGUGGCCAGGCAUAUUUUUCAAGCUUGCCCGGUGUGGAUAUACACUCAGAGUAACAUCACAAGCAUCAUGCAUAAGCUGUGAUGUUUAGCAGAGUCAAUCUGGAAGCACUCUUCGCGCAUGCUACUGAGACAAACUUACAAUGAAAAAGUGCAUAUUGCAGCAAUGGAACACGAGGGGAAGAGCUUAAAGGCACAUAGAUUGCUGGGUUGAAGUCUAAGAAAUUGAUAGCUUAAUUAGUAAAGCAUCAGUGCUGUGUGUUGGUUCUAUGGAAGAAUUCUUGGCGAUUCGGUAGCGGGCUAAGAGUAAUCUUAUUCUAUAUUAAUAGAGUGGCUAUUUACACGUCCUAUUAUACUCCCAAUGGAAACGAAAGUUCUGAAGUCGGGUGGGGAAUACGAACUGAAAUGCACUAUAGUAUCCAGUGGUCCGCUCACUCCGAGUAUGAUAAAAAACCUGGGAACGAACCUCGAAGGAUCCGAAUCCCUUACGAGCAAAGCAAAACUGGUUAAACUUGACAAACAUGUUUAUGAAUAUAUCUACGUCAUCCAAAAUGCGACAAAUAAAGACAGCGGCAAUUACUCGUGUGUUGCAAGGAAUGCAAUUGGAGAAUCCCAAAGGAAAUUCCAAAUUAAAGUGGAAGCAUAAAGUUAUGACGUCAUCCUACAAAGACUAGAGCGAACUCCCGUGUGUACUGUAUUUUGGGUAAUUGCAUGCAUCGCAACAUAUUUUAAAACAUCUCCGUACUUCAUAAAAGAAAAAUAUGAAGAAUCGAAACCAGCGGACCAAAGAACUGAGAUUGAGUUUGCCGUGAACAAACUGUACAAAAACUUUAAUCUACGAACACAUAUGUACAUGAAUAUUACUUGAAUUUAUGUUUAGAUCAAAUCACGAAUUACCAAAAAUUUGUUUUAAUAUUUAUGAUAGUGCAAGGCAUAAAUACGAACAUUAAAUUGAAUAUGAACUACUACUAAUAUUUAGAAUAAACGAGAAGACCCGAAUGCUACUCAUGUUUGCCAGAAUCAGCGCGCAAAGUCGAAGUGAUUAGCAAAGUAUAUUGGUAUCAGUUGGCAGAUCUUUUCUGACUUUUCAAUUAUUGCUUUCAUACUCUUUUCAUUCUUUUCGGCCUUGAAAUUUCAGGCAUUUCCCAUUUAAGAGACCGUUAGUCAAUAAGGAGUUUAAGUAGGAUUGAAAACAGUGUCUGCAUUAGAGAAUUAUGCAUGUAGGGACAUUGGAGACUAUCUGUAAUACAGGGUGACCUAAAAAAUACAAUUGCUGCUUUCAGAUUUCUAUACAGCUAAUUAUUACUGGGAAUCGAAAAUUCUAAAGGUGAAUUUUGAUACUAAGAUUAGUAGAGCCAAUGUUGCGGCUGUUUCAAAAUGAUGUCUGGUUCACUCAAUGGUCCAUUGAAAUUUGAACUUUUACAAGAAAUACACAACUACAAUACGCGAACUAUAAGGACAAUUUAAGGCCACUAAAGUGUCAGUCGAGGAAUUGGAAAAAGCAAAGACUCGCUUAUCAGACCAUACUGGAACAACUUGGACAGAAAGAUAAAACUCUCUAGUAGUAUUUCUACAUUUAGGAGAUACUUUUUUAGCAAUCUUUGAACUUCCUCGUAUAAUUUUUAAAUAUUUCUCAUAGUUAUACAAGUAGUAUAUGCAUGUCCUUUAGUUCAGGACCUUUAACAACAUUGGUUCUACUAGACCAAUUUAAUAAUCUUAGUGUCAAAAUGCAUCUCUGAUUUGCGCGUUGAUUCUGGCAAUAUGAAAAUAAUUAAACGGGAUUUUUAUUACUGCUCGGUGGUUAAAUUAUACAGGUUUUAUUACAUGUAUAAUAUUCGUGGAAAAUACGUCAAGAAAGUGAAUUUAUUGACAUUCAUUUACUCAGUAAACUAGUAUACCAAAUCUGUCUCAGAACAAUAUUGUACAAAUAGUUAUAUUAACUGUAAUCCCUUAGCAUACAAAUCAUAUCAUAUAUAGUUUAGUUGUUUUAACACGAGUAUUUAUGUGGAAAAGUAAUAUUUAAGCAAGAAAUUUUCUGCGAAGUUUAUUUAGUCUUGUUGCCUGUUGGGUUUUAGUUAUCAUUUAAGUUUAAACAGCAUUGAAAGUAAAAAUUAGCUAUAUAUAUCUUAGUCUCGUUUGUGGGAACGUUUUAUAAAACAUGAGAAACCAAAGUGGAUGGCAUAUGCCCCUACUGGUGUCAAGUAGACGCAAAAACGCUUGUCUGCAAUAUGCGCCAAACACAGAGCGCGUGACAUUUGUUAAGUUAUGCACAUGCACGAGACCCUAUAUUUUGGGGCUGUUAUAGAUCAAUGCAGGGCUGGUUCUGAUAAAUGCCGGGCUGAUUGAAGGCAUUCCUUUAAUAUAUUUAGCUAGUUGGGGGAGGAUGUGUGGGGUGUGGUGAAAUUAAGGGGUGACUUAAAUUCCGCCUGCGGAGGUCAGCGAAUAUGUUGCCCAUUUUACCAUUGUUAUAUCAUUGUUCUAUUAUACUAUACUUAAGGUAAUUUAAAACAACGGUAUACCUCGAAUGAGACAUGGUUAAUUUUUACUUUCAAUGACCUACGAAGUAAAGUUGAAGGUAUUUUCCAGUUAAUUAAACGUUUUCAUACGUACGUACAGGCAAGGAAAAGUUUACACGUUAAAUCAUUCACAAAACUAAAUUCUGUCCUUUUAAUGUAAAAAUUCAUUUAGUUAUUCCGUAAGUAACAUUUAAAUUGAUUUAAUUAAACUUUUUCAUUGGUAUGUACGUCCGUUUUAGGAAUGCUUUACUGGAAUGCAGCCCUUACUUAAUAUGCUGGGUCCCCCCCCCCAAAAAAAAGUGACACUACAGAAAUUAUCCUAUUGUUAAUUUGAAUGCCUGAGCACUAUGCUGAGCACAAGAGUGCGUAAACACAUUUGAAUUGAAUUUUUAAUUACCAGGCGCAUGAAAUCCUGUGCUUAACAAAUAGUGUCACUUUUUUGGGGGACACCCUGUACAAGUCUGUACCUCUGAGUUCGUACAAGAACAUGUCCCCUGUAAUCACCGUGUGAAAGUGUAUAUGUAAAUAUGUAAUUGAUUUUGGAAUGAAACAUUGCAACUUUUAAAGUAAAUUUUACUUAGAGAUAGUAUAGAAAAAAAUGUAUUAAAUUCUUGCAUAAUUUAUUGCAAUGCACAUUUAUUUCAUAAAAAUGUAU